AUGAAGAUCUUAAGAAAUCUUGUUCUGAUUUUCCUACUUUUUAGCUUUUACCGAUUAGGUGUUUGUCACGUAAAACCACAGAACAAUAUGACCCAUGAACAAAUGCUUGACUAUGAAGCUGAUCGGCCACUAAAGUACAUUUUUCUGUUUGGAAUCAUCCUCUUAGUGUCUGUCAUUCGCUUCUUUGUGAAGUUUGCUGGAAUUCCCGUUCCUCAUUAUCUCUUUGCCAUCCUCAUUGGCAUUUUGUGGGGAGUUGGCACAUCGCACAGUACUUUUAUGCAAAGAAUGUCAAGUGUGGCCCGAGUACCGAUCCAUCACAUCGGAGAGGUUUAUUUGCCAGCUAUUAUCUUUACUACUGCCUUCUGUAUAGAUGUUCAUGCGUUUUGGAGGUCUUUGACGCAACUAUUCAUAAUAUCUGGACCAGCCUUAUUUCUCAGUGCUUGCAUGUUCGGAAUGUUGAUGCGACUGGUACUUAACACUAAUUGGCAGUACAUAGAUGGUUUAAUUUUUGCCAAUCUGAACAGCGCGGUGUAUCCUUUAUACAUUCUCAACUACUUGAAGGAAUCAAACAUUCAGAGCCAUCAUGUGACAGUUUUGCUUCAAGGGGAAACUCUCUUUUCGUCAAUAGUCGCUGUUAUCUUGCAUGAAUUUUUCACGGCUAACCGUGAAGGAUGGGUGAUACACUGGUACCAGUUCGCGUGUUCCAUCUUACGAUUGUUCUUGAUUGCGAUACCAAUGGGUUACUUAUUUGGAUGGCUUGGUGUUACUUUGAUGAAAUUUUCUUACAAUGAUAGUGUCAAACUUAUGCUACUUACUUUGUCACUGGCAUACACAACUUUCUACUUCUCGCGUUGGAUUUGUUUUGGUGGACUCACCGCAACCACGGUUGUAGGAAUUCUCAUGAGUAAAGAACGAAUGUCUCUUUCAAAAGAAAUAGACCAGGACCUUAGAGAUUUUUGGGCAAUGAUUACAAGUGCCUUGAAUGCGGUCAUCCUCGUAAAUGUGGGGGUCGUAACCCCCACAUUCCUUGGCAACGAUAUUUAUUUCAGAGACUACGUUAUAGUCAUUGUGACCUAUCUCGUAAACAGCAUGACGAGAUGUUUGUCGUUUUUCCUUUUUUUGCCGAUUUUGAGUCGACUUGGAUACGGAAUGACUUUCCACAACUUAGCCAUAUGUAUUUGGGGGGGCUUAAAAAAUCCAAUAGGAUUAAAUCUUGCAGUAAAUCUAAAAGAUACUAUACAAAUAGACGUAUACAAAUGGCAAAUAUUCUUUUUGCACACUGUUGGUGUUUACAUUUUGACUCUUCUCAUCAAUGGAAGCCUUCUACCAAUUCUUUUAAAAUCUUUGGGCUUAUCAGAAAUAUCAAAUUCCAGACAAAUUAACAUGAAUGCUUGUAUGAAGUCUAUUUAUGAAGCCAGAGCAUCAACUAUUGCCAUUCUAAAGAUGGACAGAUUUCUUUCAGACGCCAACUGGCCAUUAGUUACAAGCUUAACGGCUUUAAGGCAUCCGUACAAAAAAACAAGCCAAGUGGAGGACGACGAAGAAGACGAAGACGAAGAUAACUUCAUGGGUUAUAGAUAUACGUUUUGUCCAGAUUGUGAAAAAAACAUUCCCAAUGAACCAACUUCCAGGGAAAUGAAAGAAAUGAUCAAAGAAGCCAAAGCUCGAAUGCUCAAAUUCAAGAAGACUGUUUAUUCCCGACAGUUCGAAAAUGGAAUGUUAUCCAAAGAAAGUAUCAGACUACUGCACCAAGCUAUAGAACUUGCAACGGAAUCUGAAGAAGGGAUGAUUGAACUGGAUGGGCUCUUUAGACUUUUUACUAAAGAGAACACUUUCUACAAAUUUCUCAGAUACUUGUUCCAAUCUAUUCUGCGAACAAAAAGUUUCAAUCCUCCUAGAAAAUACUGGAGGUUGUGGUGUUACCAUGCCGUGAAUCACUUUGCUUUUCCACUAAUUAUGAACGUCAUUGUUGUUACUAAUAUAAUUUUCAUCAGUUUAUGUCUAUCAGAUCGCAUAGACACAUCUUCUGGCUUGAUCUUUUCUCUGGUUUUAGGAGAGAGUCUUUUCGUUCUCGCUUAUUUUACCGAAUUUGUGCUAAGAGUUUUGUCCAAUUCCUGGAUAUACAUCUACCAACAUGGAAUAAAAAACUACUUUGGAUCGUUCUGGAACGUUCUUAAAUUUAUUAUUUUAUGUUACUCAGCUGCGUCUUUGAUUAUUCAUAGUGUUAUUAUUUUAAAUUAUAAAGACGAUAAAUAUGUUUAUAUCAUGGACAUUAUCUUAAGUAUCCUUCUUUGCAUAAGGACUUUGGAACUUCUGGAAUUCCUAAAAUAUUGCAAUAGUUGCAAAGCCGUCCCAGUUGCUUUACUUAAGUAUUUAGAUACUCAAGUUGAAUUAAACAAAUCGUUAGCUUACGAAAUCGGGAAAAAUUACACCGAAGGCGAAGAAGAAAUUUUAGACAACAUGCAUCAAAUCGUUGACAACCAAAAAAUAAAAGAGAUUAUUAGAAAGCGUAUCGAAAGCGACAGGCUUGCUGUUACAAGAAAUCUUGGUAUUGUUGAAAAAAAAUCGCCAUGGGUUGCCACCACUGUCAAAACGCGAGCAGCCAUAAAUACGGUUUUGAACAGCAUGAAGGAAGACAUCUACGAAUUAAAAGUGUCAGGAUGGGUUGACGACGUCGAACAUGAGAAAUUACUAAAGUCUCUGGACGAGAGAUACAGAUAUGUAAAUACUAUCCAGAAUGUGCCACCACCAUCCCCAGAACACAUGUUUAAAGAAAUUACUUAUAUGAACGAGGAUAUUGUCGACUUUCUCUACACCAACGUUUGCAUAAAAAAAUUCGAUCCUGGAGACAUCGUCUACAAUGAAGGUGAAAUCGUUGAAGGCGUCUACAUUCUAAUUACAGGAAUGUUCCUGGUGUCCUAUGUUCCGAAACAAACCGUCACCGAAAAGCUAAAAGAGCGCGGUGCUUUACCGGUCAUAGAUUUCAUUUCCACCAUGAGUACUGAAGAACCCACGUCUGAAUUUAUCGUACCGGGGAAUACAAUCGGAGAAUUAUCAGCUAUUACUGAGCGACCCUAUGAUGGCGUUAUCAUUGCCGAAACACAUAGUCAAGUCUGUGUUAUAAAACGAAACAUUUUGAAAAGAGCAAUUAAUAUAGAUGAUGAUCCCGUCGAUGGAAUCGAGUGUAGAAUUUGGAAAAAUAUAGCUUUUCGUCGCGCUAUUUCUAUUUUAAUUAAUACUCCCACCUAUCGCUCAUAUACCCGAGACAAGAUUAAAUAUAUCAUACAACGGUCGUUUGUACCGAACUUGUCUAACUACAAAAUGUUCUUGGUAAAUGAAAUGAUUGAGGAUAUAUUGUUAAUAGAAGGAGUGGCCGUUGACUUCAAUACGAGAGAGGUUUAUGUCGCUCCUUGCUACAUACAACGAGCUUGUCAAAAACUAAUUCUGCCGAAAAGUAGCGGUGUCAACAUAGAAACGGAUAUAGAAACAAAACUAAUGAUAAUACCGGCAAAAGACGUCGAUCCGUACGAAAUAAUGGUCAAUGAAGAACGAACUUGCGAUCUGGUGGACAACCAGUCGAUUAGGUGCCUUCAUCACCUAAUACAAAAAAAGGCUUCUACUGGUUCAUCAAGAUUAUCACAGCAGUCGUCGAAACUUAAUAAAGGAGUUAUUUCACUCCUCAAACAGAAACUCUCAGACCGAAGUGUCGCAGAUAUUAGUUCGACGAAAUCUGUAUCGGCACAUACCAUUCACACGUCAAAAUCAUCCAAAGUUAGGUUGCAAGUAGGGCCAACACCCGAGCAAUAACUCGCUGUUUCUUCAAUUGUUUAUUUGUGUUUAUGUAUUGUAAUGUUUGUAUUUGAAAUAAAUAUGUUCGACAACUUUUAAAAAUAACUCCAAUAAUUUCUGUACCCCACCAAGAACAUCAUUUUACUUAUUUUCAAGAAAAUAAAUAGUUAUUUUACCUGGCAACGUUUAUUAUUACCUUUGGUACCUUAUAGUAUCUUAUAGUAAUACCUGACUGUCUAUUUUGUUUCCACAAGUACCUUAUAGUAACUAUUGGGAACAAAAAAACAUCCCGAAAACGUCAUGAAAAUGUUGAAAAAAAUCGUGUUAAUUUUGUUACUUUGUAGCAUUUUCGAAUUAAGUUCCUCUGUCCAAUCUGAUGAAGACUUGGAUAAAAUAAUUGAGCAUGAAAGAGACCGCCCACUUAAGUAUAUUUUUUUCUUUGGUAGCAUCCUUAUGCUGGCUAUAAUUCGCUUCUUUAUGAAGACCUAUGGAGUCGCAAUUCCUUACACUGUUAUCCCCAUUUUUAUCGGCAUUUUGUGGGGAGUAGGCUCAUGGUACAACGACUUUAUGAGAAGAAUGGCAAAUGCUGCAGAAAUACCGC